ACGUCUACCAUUUUUUUCUGCUUGGGGAUCAAUACAGUUUUUAGGCCGGAGGUGGGAAGUGAUCUGGAUUCGCCGGCGAAGUAGCAGCAUCAUCACAUUCGCCUCCAUUGUUUUCACCAGAAAGGAAGAAAGAUUCAGACAAGCUGAUAGAUUGCGAAUAAACCAUGGCGGCAGCGAUUUACAGUCUUUACAUUAUAAACAAAUCUGGUGGUUUGAUAUUCUACAAGGAUUGUGGAACAAAGGGAAGAAUGGAUACGAAUGAUAGCUUGAGAGUAGCGAGUUUAUGGCAUUCAAUGCACGCCAUUUCUCAGCAGCUUUCACCUGUAAAUGGCUGUUCUGGAAUUGAGCUUCUCGAAGCCGACACUUUUGAUCUCCAUUGUUUCCAGUCUCUCCCAGGAACAAAGUUCUUUGUGGUUUGUGAACCCGGAACUCCCCACAUGGAGAGCCUCCUUAGAUACAUUUAUGAACUCUACACUGAUUAUGUCUUGAAGAAUCCUUUCUAUGAGAUUGAAAUGCCUAUCCGUUGCGAGCUUUUCGACAUCAACCUUACCCAAGCUGUACAGUCAGAUCGUGUUGCAUUGUUAGGAAGAUGAGCAAAGAGAUUGAUUGUCUGUUUGGAUCUCACUUCUUUGCCUUUUUUCUGCGGUUUUCUUAUCGGAAUUGGCUUGGUUUUGAAUUUUUGAUUUGUUUCUUCGAGGAGAAAUAAUUCAAGUUUACUUGGUUCCUUACAUUCGAUAUAUAAACUAAUAUUAACAGCUUCCAUCUUCUUUAAUU